AUGGGCAGUGCGAUGUCAGCGAGUUUUGCGCCGGAGUGCACUCCGCUGAAGAAGCGGUACGACAGCUGUUUCAACGAGUGGUACAGCGAGCAGUUCUUGAAGGGCCGGUCCGUCGAGAACCCGUGUUCCAAGGAGUGGUACGCUUACUCUGCGUGUGUAGAUGCGAACCUCGUCAAGGAGGGGAUCAAGCCGGCAUUGGACGAUGCGCGCAGGGAGGCGCCCUUUGAGAAGGGCGGGGAGUUGCAAGAGCGAGAGCAGGGGAAAGAGCAAGAGAAGAAGUGA